AUGCGCCAAUCUACGAUCCAGUCACUGCUGCUGGCCGCUGGCGCCUCGGCGGCCGUGCUUCCACGGGCCAGCCAAGGCCCGACUGUUCAAAUCGCCAACGGCUCCUACUAUGGCGUGCACAAUUCAUACUACGACCAGGACCUGUUCCUCGGCAUGCCCUAUGCGCAGCCGCCCGUCGGUAACCUCCGCUUUCGCGUCCCGCAGUCCCUGAACUCGACCUGGGACGGCGUGCGGAACGCGACUGAGUACGGCUACGCCUGCAUCGGCUAUGGCUCGGACCAGUGGGUGCUGGGCAACUAUGUCAACGAGGACUGUCUGACUGUCAACGUCGUCCGUCCCGCGGGUGUUUCGGCCGACGCCAAGCUCCCUGUCGCCGUCUGGAUCCACGGCGGCGGUUACAUCAUGGGCAGCGGCAGUGAUCCCAGGUACAACACCUCGUUCCUCGUCAAAGAGUCGGUGGAGAUGGGCACGCCCAUGGUCGCCGUCACGCUCAACUACCGGCUGUCGGCCUGGGGCUUCAUCUUCGGCAGGGAGGUGCAGGCCGCCGGGCAGACCAACAUCGGCAUGCGCGACCAGCGGCUGGCGCUGCACUGGAUCCAGGAGAACAUCGGGGCCUUUGGCGGCGACAAGACCAAGGUGACCAUCUUUGGCGAGUCUGCCGGCGGCAACUCGGUCGGCACGCAGCUCGUGGCGUACGGCGGGCGCGACGACGGUCUCUUCCGCGCCGCCAUCUCGCAGUCCGGCGCGCCCUCGGCCCUGGGCCGCAUGGACACGGCCGAGUCGUGGCAGCCCUACUACGACAACCUGGUCCGCAAGGCCGGGUGCGCCAACGCGCCCGACUCGCUCGACUGCCUGCGCGCCGUCCCCGCCGACGCGCUCAGCGCCCUGAUCAACUCGACCGACGUCCUGGCGGGCCCGGCGCGCCCCGUCAUCGACGGCGACUUCCUGAUGGAGCUCGGAACCGCCUCGCUCCGCGCCGGCCGCUUUGUGCACGUGCCGUACCUUAUCGGGGCAAACGCCGACGAGGGCGCGUCCUUUGGCGCCCGCGGCAUCAACACCGAGGACGAGUUCGUCGCCAUGGUGCAGCGCAGCAACGCGGGGCUCACGCGCGACGACGCCCUCGCCCUCGCGGCCCUGUACCCCGACGACCCGGCGCAGGGCCUGCCGGCCACGCUCGACGGCCGCCCCGGUCCGGAGCUGCAGCCGCUGCUGGGGUCCAUGUGGAAGCGCAGCGCGGCAUACGCCGGAGACCCGGUGAUGCACGGGCCGCGCCGCGUCGCCAACGAGGAGUGGGCCCGCCGCGGCGUCCCGUCCUACAGCUACCACUUCAACGUGCUGACGAGCGGCACGCCGGCCUGGGCCGGGUCGACCCACUUCCAGGAGGUCGCCUUCAUGUUCAACAACACGGGCGGUCUGGGCUACGGCAACGCCGUGUCGGUGAACCCGUUCGACGGCAUGCCCGAGUCGCUCAAGAGCCUGUCGCACAUGAUGGCGAGGAUGUGGAUCAGCUUCGUGGUCAACUUGGACCCGAACCACAUUGGUAUCGACAAGCCGGCAGAAUGGCCCGUCUACACGCUCGAGCAGCCCAAGAACUACGUCUUCGACGUCAACGCCACCGGCUUUGGAUAUCUCGAGCCUGACACUUAUCGCGCCGAGGGAAUCAGGUACAUAAUUGACAGGUUUGAGACUGUCUUUAGGCAGUAA